AGGUUGUAAGUUCUAAACCCCUCAUCUAUCAGGUAUUAGUUGUACAGACUGGCCUCCCAGAGAGAGGCUAGAGAAACAGGUUCAGCUCAAACUGACCUUUACGCAAGAGGUGGAUUUAGGGUCAUGACUCACUCCCAGGAAGGGGUAAGACCUGGGCCAACUAACCACUGCCGUUCCACUGCAUCCGCUCCCUCAUACUGCAUGGUGCAGGGUGCUAUGUGGGAAAAUGAGCUCCAGCUGCAGGAAGAGCAAUCAAGGCCAGGGCAUGUAGCCUGAAGUAUAUGGAGGAGAAAGAGGCAGGCAAGUUACUGCCCUUGCUUUGAUGGGGCUGGGAAUGGGAUAUUUGCAUUACACAUCAGGCAAGCUACUGCCCUUGCUUUGAUGGGGCUGGGAAUGGGAUAUUUGCAUUACACAUCAGCCUCAGAUCUGUUUUGAGCCCCAGUUGCUCUACUUACUUCCUUCUCACCAAAUACCCUAAAGCCAUCGCUUCCACCUGGGGCCUUCCUGAGUUGCUGCCCAGAUAUCCAGGCCCAGUCAUGGACUAAGUCCAUGGGGGGAGUCCUCAUGAGCUCCCAAGCUCCUUGGUGCAGACCCACUGACACCAUUUUUCUGACCGUGCCUUCUGUCUACUGCUUCGAGUUGUCACAGUCACCACGGCUCCCUUUAGGCCUUUGUUUUUAUCAAGGUGCCGUACCUCUAAAUGCCCCUUUAUUUUCCUCUCUGCUAGAUACAUCUUCCUCUCGUUUCUAAUCCCUGUUUUAGAGAUCUUUGAGAAUAUCAAAAGCUCCACAUGGAUGGGGCCACUUGAACAAAUCUUUUACUUGUUCUCUCUUCCCAAGUUAUAUAUAUUCAAGGCAUAGCUCCAUUAUUGGAAAUUGGGACCUCCCUAAGGGUGGCUCACUGAAGUCAGUGCAGAGUACAUGAAUUUGUAGAAAUAUGUGUCUGGGGCUGCCGUUGCUGGUCCUUUUUAUUAGUCUGGCUUGGCCACUUGUUUUUCUUUUUUUUUUUUAGGGAGAGGCAGAUGGCCCAGUGGAAAGAGCACAGACAGGGCAGGGGCCAAAGCUGCCCUGCUGCCUGCAAAAGAUGCUGCGACUGACCUGAUGCAGAGGACUGAACCUGUUGCCUGAGCCUGGUGCUCCGAGGGGCCUGGUCUACACUGAAACCAAGUGGUUCACUUGGUGGCUCCUGAGAGCCACUUCUCCAGGAAUCCCGUGUGCAGUGUAGGUCUUCCCAUCGCCUGCCCUACCCUGUCCUCCUCAUCCUGGCGGCUGCCUCCUCCUCCUAGCUCACCCUCCUGGUUUACAGGGCUCUCCACCCCACCUCCCUUUGUCUUCCUGCUGAUCCAGCGAGCCAGGCCUUCUCCUUCUCUGUUCUUUCCUCCUCCUCUCCCCCUUGAAUCCAGUCCUGGUUUCCCCGCCGCCAGCCUCCCUUUCCUCCCCGCCUGGGCUCGUUCCCGCCCCCGCCCCGCCCGCCGUCAUCUUGGUCGGCUCAGCACCGCGCUUUCCCCGGCUCGUAGCUACCUCGGGCUUGGCUUGCCCAGUCCGGUAGCUCCAGUCCGGAUCUCGCUGCUGUCCGACCCGGGUACGAGUCCCAGCCUUUGGAGAGGAGGCGGCGGCGGCUGGCCCCGGCUCCCCUCGGCCGCCUAGCCAGCCCAGGGUUGCCGGGGAGGGAGCAGCUGGGCAGCCCCCGGACUUCCUCAGAAGACAAUGCACCCAGCGCUCGGCAACCCCCGUUCGAUCUCUUCCUUGUCCGGCUCCUUCCCGCCGCCCCCAGCCGCCGCCCGGCUGCAGCCCCUCUUCCUCCGGGGGGGCUCCUCCCGCGGCCGGAGAGGCUCGGGCGACAGCAGCACCAGCACCAGCACCAGCAGGGGGGGAGGCGGCCGCAGACGCGGCGGGGGCGGCGGCGGCUCCCCCAGCAGCAGCACGGGCGCCGAGCGAGAGGACGACGACGAGAGCAUCAGUAAGCCCUUGGUGCCAGCCACCGCCGCUGCUGCCGGGCUCCUUGGGCCCCCGGCUCAGGGGGGCGCCCCAGCCACCGACCCCGCGACCACCGCCUUCUCCUCCUCCUCCGUCACUUCGUCCUCCACCUCCACGCCCACCUCCUCCUGCAGCAUGACAGCCGCGGAUUUCGGCGGGAGUGCAGCGGCCGGGGCCGUCGGGGGCCCCGGGGGUCGCUCGGCUGGGGGCGCUGGAGGCACUGGGACAGGCAGUGGCGCCUCCUGCUGCUCCUGUUGUUGCUGCUGCGGCCGCCCGGCCCGGUCCGGCCGCAGGGGUCGGCAACGCUGCUGCGCCCCCAGCCCCGGCUGCCGCUGGGGCUACCAGGCGCUGUCCGUGGUGCUGCUCCUGGCGCAGGGCGGUCUGCUCGACCUGUACCUCAUUGCAGUCACCGACCUGUACUGGUGCUCCUGGAUCGCCACUGACCUGGUGGUGGUGGUGGGCUGGGCCAUCUUCUUCGCCAAGAACAGCCGGGGCCGUCGAGGCGGCCCGGCGAGCGGUGUGCACAAUCACCACCAGCACCACCACCACGCCGCGCCACCUCUGCACCUGCCCGCCUCCUCGGCCGCUUCUGCCGGGGCCAAGGCUCGCGGCGGCCGCGGGGGCGUGGGCGGCGCGGGGGGCAGCCUGGGAGUGGCCGGGACGGCUGGCGAGUUUGCCUUCGCAUACUUGGCCUGGCUUAUCUACUCCAUCGCCUUCACGCCCAAGGUGGUGCUCAUCCUGGGCACGUCCAUCCUGGACCUCAUUGAGCUGCGCGCGCCCUUCGGCACCACGGGCUUCCGCCUCACCAUGGCGCUGUCGGUGCCUCUGCUCUAUAGCCUGGUGCGGGCCAUUAGCGAGGCUGGCGCCCCCCCUGGCUCGGCGGGACCUCUGCUCCUGCAGCCCCAGCAGCACCGCGCCGCUGGCUGCUUCCUGGGCACGUGUCUGGAUCUGCUCGACAGCUUCACCCUGGUGGAGCUGAUGCUAGAAGGCCGCGUCCCGCUGCCCGCGCACCUGCGCUACCUGCUCAUUGCGGUCUACUUCCUCACCCUCGCCUCGCCGGUGCUCUGGCUCUAUGAGCUCAACGCAGCAGCCGUGGCAGCUUCGUCCUGGCGCCAAGCCUCAGGCCCCGGGAGCUGCAGCCGCCUCCUGCGCUUGCUGGGCGGCUGCCUUGUGGACGUGCCCCUGCUGGCGCUGCGCUGCCUCCUCGUAGUGAGCUACCAGCAACCCCUCUCCAUCUUCAUGCUCAAGAACCUCUUUUUUCUCAGUUGCCGCGGCCUGGAGGCACUGGAGGGCUGCUGGGACCGGGGCAGUCGGGCCUCUCCUAGUCGGGCCAGGGUAGGCUAUGGCGCUCCACCCCCUGCCCCACCGCCUCCUCCACCGCCACCACCACCACCUCAGGGAGGCUCCCAACUGGGCCACUGCAUCUCGGAGAAUGAGGGGGGCCCCCAUGGCUAUGUAAACACCCUAGCUGUGGCCUCCCAGAACUGAGGGGGAUAAAGCCACGGGGCCUUGCUUUUGAGUAGGGCGUCCCCAGUUCCCUUACUUCGGUCCUUCUCUCACCCAGAUUUGGUCAGACUCCUUUGGAAGAGGUAACUGUUAAUAGGGCUAAGGACCAGAGUGUCCUUCUGCACCCUGUGGGUCAAGGCUGCUAGAAGGGAGACUAGAAGCUAAUGGUGAGGGAGGUAGGUCCUCUUGCCCUAUUCUCCCUUCUCCAUACCCUGCCCUGAUCCUAACCUCCAAGGGGCUGGAUACUUCUGCUUCUUGCUUUUCUCACCCCCACCCUAAUUCCCAUUCAUUGUGAGGGAGAAUGAAGGGAAGGGAUGGCUAGUCAGGAGGUGCUGGGCAUUGGGCCUUCCUCCUUGCUUGAAAGUGCCAACCUCUUCUAGGCUGUGGUUAGUGCCCAUUUUGUCCCACACCUUGAAAUUAACCCAGAAUUCGCUGUUCCCCUGAUGUGUCUAUUGGAUAUCUUCCUGAUAGUGGAUGCAGCGUGUAUGUCCCUGUGUGUGUGUGUAGUGUUGUUUUCUUGUGUCCACCUUGUGGUCCCUUGCAAUGGGUAGGACGCCUGGGGAGGCCCAGACCUCCCCACCACACAUACCACCAUCUCCUCUUUCCUACCUGAAUUUGUGGCCAUGAAUUCCUUGAAAGAGCUGGGCUGAUGGGAGUUGCCCAGUUACUCUCCUCCAAGAGAGAAGCUCGCCCAGGCUCUUCCUCAAUCCUGCUCCUCUCUUCUCAGCUCGGGAAGUAGAGGGGUCCAUACUCUAAGGACCAAACUGCACCCUUGCUUGGGUGAGUGAACAUUUCUACCUCUGUGCUUUCAACUCGUGUUGCAUCAUGUACUGAUGCUGCUUGCAAAAACAAAAACAAAAAUCACAAAAUACUCAGAAGUUGCAUUCAACGUGGCCACUGGAUCCAGCUGGGAUUUGGUGCCAGUAUUACAGGGUCUGUGGAGUAUCAGCCAUUGGCCUGCCCUCCCUCUGUCCCUUCCUCUGCACUCAGAGCUUUUAUCCUUCCUGUGGCUUGGUGCUGAUUAGGUCAGAGCAAUGGCUUCACUGGGGUUCCUGGAUGGAUAUGAAGUUGAGUCUCUCAUAGGCCAAGGGAGUAGGAAACAUAAUCCACCACCUGUCCUUCUAGGAAGCAUGGUGAAGGUCAGAAAGGGUGGUGGUGACCUUUCUCCCCUGCUCUGGUUAAGGGUAUCUUUAGGUAAAAGGCAGGCGAAUGGAGUAAGGUGGGCGGUAGUGCUGUUAGGCACCCCUCUCCAGCCUUCCUCCAUAGUGUUCCUCUUGUUGAGGUUAGUAACAAGAGGCAUCCAGGGAUUGCCCACUUGUAGUCUUGAUGUGGGAUGUCACUCUUGGAAUCUUUGGGGCAGGAUAUGUUCUUUUCGGGGAGGUAAGAGUGCAGGAGGCCCAUAGGGAACAAGGCCAAGAAAUACUCACUUUCCUCCACCCCUCUAUAGGAUGGGAUGGGGCAAUAUUUUAAGAUUUUUUGUUUCCAGUUCUCCCUUCUUAUGUUUGGGAAGUUUAGUGUGGUGUAAUAAACCCUGAACAAGGGACAAGAAGACAUGACCCUGGUUCUGAUUCUCACUCAUUAGCUAUGAACGACCCAUCACUUCUACUCUCUGAAUCUCAGAGUUCUCACCUUUGAAAAUGAGGAGGUUGGAUGAGUAAUCUCUAAGUUACUUUCCAACUCUAACAUUCUUUGAGUUUAUGGAUCUCUAAAGCCCUAGUCAUCAUGCUCUCUGUGAAGGUGGAGAGGAGGGAAGCCAGUCAGUGUGGACUUAGGGAAUAUUUCCUUCUUCUGUACUGGCUGGGAGAGCAGAGAGGAGGCUGCCGGCACUUGGGCUGGGGUGGAAUUGCAGGGUCUGUCAUAGCUGCACUGUUUCUGGUUGUCUCUAGAGCCCUCACUACAGCGAGGGGCCAAGGGUGCCACGUCACUGACCGUUAACUUGGUGCCCAUGUCAAGGGUCCCAUUUUAUUUUGGUCCAACUGGGACUGGCUCAGAACAAAGGGCCAACUGGGGCUCUUCUGUCCCCAACUUCCUGUGGGCUUGCUGGCAGAAAAGGUCUACGUAGGCAGAGACGCAAGAGGGGCCAAUGGUUUUACCAGAGUUCUCUUGAGUCUCCCCCUACUCUCAAAGGGGAGGAUGAUGGGAGGAAAUGUUUACACUCAAUGCACUAUCUGGGCUCCCAGGCCCUCGCCCCACUAGGUCCAAUACUAGCUUGUUGGAUUUUGCAACUAAUUUUUUUCCUGCCUUCUCUCCUCCCCCUACUAAGUCCUUUCCUUUCCCUCUGAAUUCCAUGUGCUCAAGGUUCUGGGGCCCUGGCCCUGGGUGGGCCUCAAUAGCUGCUCCCUUUGUUCCCAUGUCCUCUUUCCAGCUUUGCUGUGUUUCUGUGCUACCUAAUCUCAGUGACCGUGAAAGGACAUUGUGUCUGAGCCAUGGCCGGCCACUGGCUGGCCCCUACCCACCCCCUUUCUACUGUUUAGACGGUGGUCUCCCUGCUGAGUGACUGGCUGUACAAUCUCUGAGUUUUCUGGUGGGAGGCUGUGAUAGGUUCCGAUGAACUGCCACUUUCCUGAGUACAUCAAGAGACUGAUGGCAAGUGGGCCAAUUCUGGCAAAGGCCAGGCCUGUUCAGGCCCUCUCUGGCCUUCAGCUCACCCCGAGCAUCCUCUUUCAAUCAUCUGGUGCAAGCACCUUGUGCUCAGGGGGGCCAGUCCCUUCCUUCUGAGAUCCUUUUCAUUUGCUUCCCUUACUCCAUUCACAAUAAGAAAUGACCCCUCAAGUUUCCUUUUUCUUGCUUCUAGGGUCAUCUGUGAUGCAGGGAUUGAAUCUGAGAUCUGUGGUGCCCAGGGAUCUAAUAAGCAGAGGGUGCCCUCUCAUCUGAGGCUGACGCCAGUAGAUGGUUCACAGGGAAGAACACUUGGUUGAGACUCUAGUCCUAUCUGUCCCUAACAUAUGAGCAAGUAAGGUGUUCCCCCAUCUGAGCCUCCAAGUCCUUAUCUGUUUUAGAAGGGAGUUGGACUAGACCCUCUCUAAUGGACCUUUUCCGUUUUAACGUGCCAUGGCUCUGUUUUUGUGGAAGAGAGCUAGCUGACAGCCAGAGCCAAGAAGGAAAGGGAAGUGGCACCUCACUAGCAUCUAUCACAGCUUUUUUUUCCUCCUCUUUUUAAAAAUAAAACCAGACUGUUCUGAAAAUAAAAAACUUGAGACUUGUGACAAGCUUUCUGUGUGAUUUGUUUCAAGAUCUUUCCUGUCCUGGUUUCCCUAACUAAAUUCUUAAAUGUCACUGUGACACUUGCCAUCAUUUUAUAGGUCUGUAUUAACAUUGUGGAUACACCUUGGCUAUUUCUUUCUGGGCAGUUGGUAUGCUCUUCAGGGAAGCAGUGUGGCCUUGACCAUGACCUCGUGGGUGUCCAGCCAGGUUUUAUAUAGCAUGGCUAACUUAGAAGGACUGUCAGCCCGAAAGUGAUUUCCCCACUCACCGGGGCUUUCUCUCUCAUUUUUUUUUCCAAUAGCUUACCAAAGUAGGAAACACUCAAUGCACUAUCUGGGCUCCCAGGCCCUUGCCCCACUAGGGCAUGUUAAAUUUUCAAAUACUCUGCCCUCGUCUAUUGUCCUU